AUGAGUUCUCUCUUAUCUGCCGAACUUUCUGCUACCUGCAAUGCAUUGGGAACUUUCAACAAGAAAACAGGAAAGUAUAUGAUAGAUGAAUUUACACUUAACACAGUUAAAGAUUUGAUAAGAUAUUUAAGACGUGAUGGGGAAGAUCACGAAAUACGAAGGCAUUUUGGACAAACGAAAGUGCUACAAACUGAUCUGUUGCCCAUGAUUAUUGAUCAUUGGGAAAAUACCGAACUUUUCGAUGUUACACUGAGAUUAAUUGUAAACCUAACCAAUCCAGCUCUACUGUUGUAUAGAGAGGAAGUACCAAUUGAACGAACAGCAAGACAUAAUUAUCUGCAAAUAUUAAGCCACUUGCAAUAUUAUAAGGAAGAAGCAUUUACUAAAGUUGAAACUUGGCAAGUGUUUGCUAAGAAAUUAGCAAAAAUACUAGAAAUUGAUUGGACAGAGAGAGAUGAAGAUACAGGACUCAUUAUUGAAAGGAUCUUAAUUCUUAUUAGAAAUGUAUUACAUGUUCCUGCUGAUCUUGAUAAAGAAAGGAGACCUGAAAAUGACGCUAGUGUCCAUGAUCAGGUACUAUGGGCAUUGAAUCAAUCAGGAAUUUUGGACAUAAUUCUUUAUAUGUCAUCAGAAAAUGAAAAGCAGUACUUUAUGCACAUUAUUGAAAUAAUUUCACACUUGUUGAGAGAACAAAAUCCUACUAGCUUAGCUCAUGCAGCUUUGCAAAGGAGCAUUGAUGAAAAACUUAGAGAUGAACAAGAACUUUUAACUAUAAGGAUGACAGAAACAAAAGAAAGAUUAAAUAAGAUUAAACAGUAUUCUGCUUCUAGGCAUUCUCGAUUUGGAGGCACAUAUGUUGUGCAGAAUAUGAAAUCUAUAUCUGACAAUGAAUUAAUUUGUUUGAAGCCUCUAAACAAAAUAUCCAAUUUAGACUUUAGUGGAAGUAAGAAAUCUAAAUUUGUUAAACCUAAGAACAGAAGGCCAGUAGAAAGUGGAGUGUUAGAAAGACGGUCAGCCUUUGCAGUGCGGCUAUUUUUAAAAGAGUUUUGCAUAGAGUUCCUAAACAGCUCUUAUAACUCACUAAUGCACUACGUUAAGGAUGUGUUAGUGCGAUCCAAGGGGCAGCAAAAUGACGAGUCAUAUUAUUUGUGGUCAUUAAAGUUCUUCAUGGAGUUCAACCGAGGAUACAAUUUUCAAGUUGGAUUAGUGAGUGAAACAAUGUCUGUCCCGAUGUUUCAUUACGUUCAGCAACAAAUGGAGAAAUAUUACGACAUGAUUAAAGUAGAGAAAAAGAAAUACUCCACAUGGGUCCGUCGGUUACAUCUCGCCCUAAGAGCGUAUAAGGAGUUACUGUAUACUCUAUUAGCCAUGGAUAAAAGCACCGAUCCUACGGUAAAGGAAUCUGCUAAAGUGUUAAAGAGCAACAUUUUCUACGUACUGGAAUACCGAGAGUUUAUUUUAACGACAUUCCUUAACUACGACGAUAAUAAAAUGCCAAGGUCGUAUUUAGUGGACCUAAUGGAAACUGUUCAUCUGUUCCUUAAAAUGUUGGAGUACUAUUGCAAGAAGACAGGCUUGGUUGUUCAAAAGAAAGUUCGGAAAAAGUCGAAGGCGAAAAGGCCGAAAAAGCGUCCCCAGAAGACAAAGAGCGUUCCCGUAGAAAUACCUGCGUGGGAGGAGUUGCGGCCUCAGGUGGCGUGCGUACUUAGCGCAGGAUUGGAACAGUAUCCACCGCCCUUUGACGCCGCUUCCGAAGUUCCGAUAGAUCAACAGAAAGAGGAUUGUAUGAAAAAAAUCCAGAAGUUAAUGCGUGAAAGCCAAUUUGAGGACGCAGUGGGAACUUUUAGAGCUGCCAGAGAGGUGUGGCCAGAAGAAGGUAUAUUCGGCGUAAUCGGCAUCGCUGAGGAUGAGGAGCUUGAUAUGCUGCAAACUAUUUACAGUACAGAUUUAGGCGUCGAAAUAAAUGAUGUAGUUGAAAAUGAAGAUGAAUCACAGGACGAUUUAGACAACGAAGAAGAAGAUGAGGAGGAAGCUGAACAUACAACAGCUGUGGUUGAAACCGACUUCGAUUUUAAGGACUUUGUGCAAAGGUUUUGUCAUCCUCGAGUAGUAAGUGCGUGUGUGUCACUUCUGGAGCGCUAUGAGCGCAACUCUGCCCACAUCAAUCAUUGCAUACUGAAAAUGCUGCAUCGCAUCGCCUGGGACUGCUCGCGUCCCUCCAUGAUGUUCCAAGCCACUUUGUUCCUGACUUUCCAGAGGAUACUCCAUAAUCCGAUGCCGCAUUUCAAGGAGUUGGAAAAGUUUGCGCUGUUCAUCUUUCGAAAGUUCGCUCAGAUCGCGUCGAAAAAUCCCAAAGUGUUUAUCGAGCUUUUGUUCUGGAAGUCAUCGAAGGACUCCAUCGAAAUAGAACACGGCUACGACCUCUACAGCGACCAAAAAGACAAGUUGGGCAAAGGCGUUUGGACUGAAGAGCAAGAAGAAGAACUACGAAAGCUAUUUAUGGAGAAUCAAACAAAUCCUACUACGGAAAAAGACGUAAUUGACUGGAUUCUGGAGAACUUAAUUGAUCAAACCAGAACCAGGCGCGGCGUUAUCAAGAAGCUGAAGGAGCUCGGUUUGAUAUUUAAGGCACCAACGAAGCGAAGUAACAAGGAAAGGCUCAAAGAACGAGUACCCAAGGAGUUCUCUGAAGAAGAGGAUGCUUUGCUCACGGAUCUGUGGAAACAGUAUGGCGAUUCACCAGAUCCUUUGGGAUUAAUAAUACCACGAAUGCCCCGAAAACGUCCAAGGCGCAGUUAUGUUGAGAGACUUUUGGAGUUAGAUCUCAUACAGGACAAAAAGCAAUGCAGGAAACGGAAACAAAAGCAGACGAAGAGUAAGGGCACCGGCGACGAUAAAGAUACGUCCGACGAUGGCACUUCAUCAGAUUCUGAAUCUUCAGAUCAAAGUGAUUCUGACAGCAAUGUCAAAGUACGAUCACCUCUUAAAAUUAAAAAACCUGUCAAGAAGGCAGAGAAGAAGAAACCCGAGGCACGUGCUAAUAAAAGGCCGACGAAAAAUUUCGAACUUAGUGCUAAUAAAAUUGCUGCGUUGUUAGUCCAAUCAGUUGAUAGUGGUUUUGCCGAAGCUUUAAGAUGGCUAGCAGAGAAUCUCGAAGAGGUGGCGUUAGACCAAGAAGCGGAAGGGUACGACCCCACAGCGGAAGGAACUCCCCUGGUGCCGAUAGGCGAUGAUUCCGUGCAGGCCAUGGAGAAUGAAUUGUUUCAAAAAGUUUUAAAAGGAGUCGGGAUAUUGCCACCUGCUGAUGAACAGGAGACAUACUGGAGAAUACCUAGUCAACUUCAUCACGAAACAUUAAGAAAAAGACGAGAAAUAAUAGUCAAAGCAGUUAACAAAGAACUUAUAAUUGAUGAGAUAGUAAACACCGCAGUAACUGAGGACAAAACGGAAAAUAAACAAACUAAUAACGAAUCAAGCGAUGACGAAGAUUUGUUCGAUAGUUUACGUAAAUUGCGUGAUAAUAACUUAGAAACAAAUAUAACUAAAAGUGGAAAUAAUAAUAAAGCAAGCGGUCGCAAACGCAGUCGUAGCUGUGAUGAAGAAAAUACUAGCAGAAAGAUGCAGAAGAUAGACGAGGUUGAUGAACAGAACAGUGAUGAAGAUAUUUUGUCCUUCGCUAAGAAGACGCUUCAACGCGACGAGCCUGACACAGAAGAUAUUCUAAGUAACAUACCUAAACAUGAUACUGACGACAGUGAAAAUGAGCUGAACGAAGAAAUAGUUUUGCCGGCGAAAAGGAAGAAGACUAGGGUGAUUAUUGAUGAUGACUCUGAUUAA